UCUUUAACACUUAGCCUCCACUUCACGCCGAUCGGCGAGCUUCCGGUUUAGCCCCUUGACUCCACAUCACGCCUUUCGGCGUUGUGUACCCUAGUGACUGCAUAACAACCAAAAUCAUUCUAUUUAUCAGUCAUAGUGAACUCCCCUUUGACAUGCGCACUAAAUAUCAAAAGCUACUUCCUUCCGCGUCCUUUCUCAGCCUUUUGCGGGAAAAUUGACGGUGCGAAUGCUUUGUCUCGUGUUGUGAAUCGAAGUGAUGGCAUCUACCAGUGACAACUCUAUUUUUCGCCACGAUGACGACUCAGGAGACGAGUUUCCUGAUGAUGUUAGCGAUGCUUCUACUAUUAGUUACACUGUAGGAGGAUCUGAGGAAACAAGUAGGUCUUCGUCUCCUGUUCCUUUUGUUUGUGAUGAGCCUAGUUCUAGUUCUAGAUCUAGUACUACGACAGCGAGGAGGAGACCGACGCCUGGGGCUGCACGUCAACAAGCCAGUAGAUCUAGGCCUACAGCUAACCACGCUCAUCAGUUUGACUGGCUAGUCUACGACGAUCGCGAUCCCUACGAAGCAGAACGAUGGAUGCCAGCAUUCUCUUCACCUACAGGCAUUGUUGUUGACAGCAGCAACUUUGAUGCUGUCAAAUACUUCAGCUUGUUUUUCACUGACGAUGUCAUCAACUUGCUGGUGAGGGAGACAAACGCCUACGCCAGACACUGUCUACUCGCUCGCGACUGUUACUACAAGGAACGGUGGAAAGAAACCGAUGCGGUGGAGAUGCGAGCUUUCAUAGGACUGCAAAUAGGUAAGACGAAGUCUUUGUUUUUAUUAUAUUACAUUCGUAGUGUUAGAUCUAGAUUAGAUCUAGAUCUAGUCCAUGAGAUCUAUGAAUGAAUGAAUGUCAUAAUCUUUCAUCCAAGUAUUCUUAUCAUGGUCCUCGGGCUUGGCUGUCCUAGUUCAUGAGUAUAGAGUUGUGUUGUAGGCUAUAGAUCUAGAUCACAUGGGGCAUGGGGAGAGUGCAUGUCACAUGUGACAUGUGUUUGUGUGAGUGGACAUAUUACUAAAUUAGAUCUAAUCUAUGCGUUUGUUUGUGUUAUGAAUCAGGAGUGUUGAUCAUGGUCCUUGUGCUUGGAGUCCUAGUUCAUGAUUAUAAUUUUUUUGUGCAUAGAUUACAUGGGAGAGUGUAUGUCACAUGUGUUUGUGUGAGUGGACAUAGAAUCUUAUGACAUGAAUAUUUAUAGUUUGUCGUUAUGACACUAGACGUCUAGUAUUAGUUUACAUUGCGAAAAGAGAAGGUUGGUAUAUUUCGUUUGAUUGUUGUUAGCAUAUAAUUUAGAAGGAAUAUUGAUCUAAAAUAUUGUAACUUUACUUGGGUAGAUUUGGUGUCUAUAUAUAGAUCUAUAUAUUAUGUGGGCGCCGAGGCGUCGGUGGCGAUUUGGUUAGAACAUUGACUCAUGCGCUAUACAUGUGCUAUUAUUAUUUUAUAUAUUUUAUUGGUUUGUCUUUUUUAUUGUUACAUUGUCAAGUGAUCAGUGAUUGUAAAAGUGUUAUGUUGAACAUGCGAUUUCCAAAUUUCACACUUUUUUUCUCGUGUUUAUAAUUCACAGCCAUGGGCUUCAGUCCGAAGAAAAGUCUGGAGGACUACUGGGACAGCUACUGGCUGUUUGAGACUAAAUUUAGCGACGUCCUCUCCCGCCACCGGUAUCAGAUGUUGCAAGCCUUUUUUCAUGUGAGUGACAUACAGACACACAUUCCUCGUGGUCAGGAUGGUUACAAACCACUAGCUAAAAUUCAGCCUCUGCUCGACCUCCUUGUUCCGCAGCUGUCUGCGGUGUACUACCCUCAUCGAGAGAUCAGCAUUGACGAGAGCAUGGCGCGGUUCAAGGGCAGAUGUCACUUUCGUCAAUUUAUGCCCGACAAACCGACCAAGAGGGGUUUCAAGGUGUUCGUCGUUUGUGAUGCCCGUAAUUACUAUGCCCUAAACCUCAUGAUAUAUACUGGUAAAGAGCACUUUGUCGUUCCUCAGGACAAGAGUUUCACCGAGCAUCUCGUAACUACUCUUAUGGCACGGUACAUGGACAAAGGGCAUGUCCUGUUCAUGGACAACUUUUAUUCUUCUCCGUCGUUGUUUGCGACUCUUCAGGGUGCUUUGACUGGUGCUGUCGGCACUGUUGUCGAAAGUCGACGUGAUUUCCCAGCUGAGCUGAAGCGCGCAAACCUAAUUUUGAAAAAAGGAGACGACCCUGUGUUUUACAGGUCCAACGACAUGGUCGCUGUCUCCUGGCACGACACGAAACGUGUAAACCUCCUGAGCACGGUCCAUACUAACAAUACUGUGCACAAGCGCAUUCGUGCGAAAGAUGCCCCAGGCGGGUACAGGUCUGUCGACAAACCGGUCAUCGCGGACACGUACAACUCAUUCAUGGGUGGCGUGGACCAUUUUGACCAGCUGAUGAAGAACUACGCGUAUCCACACCGCAAUUAUAAAUGGUACCACGCCCUGUACCACUACCUGAAAGACCUUUCUUUGGUCAACGGCUGCAUCCUCAUGGUGCGAGAUGGCCAUUCGACAUCUGCAAAGGAUUUCCGCAAAUCUGUGGUGGACGCCCUCAUUCGGCCUCACAUGAUUCGGCGACAGAACGACAGACACCAAACAAACAACGCUGUCGAUCGCCUAAAUGCUGCAGCCUUCGGGCAUUUCCCAGCAAAAUUUGCAGACCCUAAGCACCGCCCCGUUUGCAAAGUCUGCGCUUCCGUCAAGAAACGUGCUCAGUGUCGGCAUUAUUGUCCCACGUGCAAUGUUGCACUUUGUAUUGACAACUGCUUCAGAAUAUACCACACGGCAAAAGAUAUCAAGGAAGCAAGGCAACAGCUGACUCAGUGAACAGUUAUGUGUGUGAAUUCAUAUGUGCUGAUGGAUUAUUUUGCGCCAGUGAGUGAGUUGGGCUAAUUCUAGUCAAUGUCACACUAUAUUUGCAUGUGUAUGCCAACAGAACAACUGCACUUCAAAACAGCUAACAUGAUAAUAUAGUUUUCAGUAUUGUGUCAUUCUAACCUGUGGUAUAUUUUUUUACAUCUUGCUCGUUGUUUCAUGCAGAUCACUUUCACACAAAAGCUAUCCGUUUCUUAGAAAUAUUAUUUUUGCGUUUUUCCCAAUCGGAACAUUUUAUUCAAAGUUGUUGUCUUUUUUUCGUAUUUCUUGUGUUUUCUACAUAUUUCCUCUAUUUUCAUGGGCUCAAAACAGUUUCAUGUUUUGUGUGAGACGUGGUAUUGCAAAAAUUUGAAUUGUGCUAAACAAUUUGUGUGCUGAGGAAAUUUCUUCCGAGUUAGACUUUCAGCACCUUUAGAUUCUAUUUUCCUUCCGACUCACUCAAUACGUAAAUACUUCUAUGCGUAUGGUUCAUAUCAUUCGCAAAUGGUCAAAUUAAUUUUGAAGCAAGUUUUAGAUGGUAUCUGUUUUGAUUUUUUUGUUAUUCUACUGCCAAAAAAAGCAAAUUUGGGCUUUUUUGUGUUAUACUUGAUCAUUACAUAAUCAAAAUGGCCGCCUUUUCCGCAUAUAUAUGUUUUUUUUUUCCGUUUUCUGAAUGCUCUGUCAAUUAUUAUGCACCCUGCAAAAUUUCAUGAUGAUACAUGUAUUAGUUUUUGAGAAAUUUGAAUUUUACUGAACCACCCUAUGCUGUGAAAAUAGCCUCCGAUUUAGACUGUUUCAGUACGUUUCCGUAUUUCCUUCCGACUCCCUCAAAAUGCGAAAAUACUUCAAUUUCUAUGGUGCAUAUCACUCAGAAAUGGUCAAAUCAACUUUGAAGGGUGUUUUAGGUGGUAUCUGUUUUGAUUUUUAAAUUAUUCUACUUCCAAAGAAGCAAAUUUUGGCCUUUUUUGUGUUAUAAUUGCUCAUUACAUAAUCACAAUGGCCGCUUUUUCCGCGUAAUUUUUUUUUUUUUUUUUUUUCUGAAUGCUUUGUCUAUUCUUAUGUACCCUGUAAAAAUUCAUGAUGAUACAUGUAUUGGUUUUUGAGAACUUUGAAUUUUACUGAACCACCCUAUGCUGUGAAAAUAGCCUCCGAUUUAGACUGUUUCAGUACGUUUCCGUAUUUCCUUCCGACUCCCUCAAAAUGCGAAAUUACUUCAAUUUCUAUGGUGCAUAUCACUUAGAAAUGGUCAAAUCAACUUUGAAGGGUGUUUUAGGGGGUAUCUGUUUUGAUUUUUGUAUUAUUCUACUUCCAAAGAAGCAUAUUUUGGCUUUUUUGGUGUUAUAAUUGCUCAUUACAUAAUUGCAAUGGCCGCCUUUUCCACUUUUUUUUUUUUUUUUUUGCCUUUUCUAAAUGCUUCUUCUAUUCUGAUGCACCCUGUAAAAUUUCAUGGUGAUACCCAUAUUAGUUUUUGAGAAAUUUGAAUUGAACUGAACCACCCCUGUGCUUUGACAGUGGCCUUCGAUUUAGCUUGUUUCGAUACCUUUUUUAUUUUCUUCUGACACUCUCAAAAACCAGAAAUACUUCUGUUGCUGUGGUUCAUGUCACUCACAAGUGACCAAAUAAACUUUGUAACAUGAUAUAUGAAAU